AUUUUCCUGUCUUGUUUGCUUUCUUCCAGAAUGAGUCCUAUCUGGGUUCCCUGGGUCGUGGCCUUCUCAUCCACGGUUCUCAGGCUGGAUGCUUCUAUGACUCAAGGCAGAGAUUCUCCAGAAGAUUUUGUGACCCAGGCAAAGGCUGACUGUUACUUCACCAAUGGGACAGAAAAGGUGCGGUUUGUGGUCAGAUUCAUCUUCAACCUGGAGGAGUAUGCACGUUUUGACAGCGACUUGGGAAUGUUUGUGGCCUUGACGGAGCUGGGGAAGCCCGAUGCUGAGCUGUGGAACAAUCGGCCGGACAUACUGGCGAGGAGUAGAGCCUCUGUGGACAUGCUUUGCAGACGCAACUACAAGCUGGGUGCACCCUUCACUGUGGGGAGGAGAGUGCAACCAGAGGUGACAGUGUAUCCGGAGAAGACCCCAGCCCUGCAGCACCGCAAUCUGCUGCUUUGCUUGGUGACAGGUUUCUACCCAGGGGACAUCAAGGUCACCUGGUUCCGGAAUGGGCAGGAACAAAGAGAGGGGGUCAUGUCCACCGGCCUCAUCAGGAAUGGAGACUGGACCUUUCAGACGACGGUGAUGCUGCCCAUGACGCCUGAGCUUGGAGAGGUCUACACCUGCCUUGUUGACCAUCCCAGCUUGCCGAGCCCUGUUUCUGUGGAGUGGAGAGCUCAGUCUGAAUAUUCUUGGAGAAAGAUGCUGAGUGGAGCUGCAGCCUUCCUGGUCGGGCUAGUCUUCUUUCUGGUGGGAAUUGCCAUCCACAUCAGGGCCCGGAAAGGACGUGUGGAGACUCCGUUGCUUGGCAAUGAGGUCCCAAGAGCAGCGCUUCCACCACAGCCGCACUAG